GUGUGUCUGUGCUAAUGUGCUACCUAUGUAAUGUUAGAAACGACGUCAGGGUUUAGUUCACCCUUUCUUCUGUCACUCUUGGAUUGUGUGUAAGAUGUCCGGGUUUCAGGAUCUCAAAGAUUUAUUCAGACGACGGCUGAGAGACCUGUCAGGACAAACAUCAACAUGUGGAUACGAAGAGGAGAUCCACCGCCAAAGAAAACUGCUGGAUGUGAUUUUAACACCUGAAAUCAAGCUGCAGAGAACAGAUGCCCAGCAGCUGUUGGUUACUAAAGAAGAGCUUCCCCUUGAGCAGCAGAAAUUUAGCCCCAGUCUGGACCAGGAGGACACUAAGCCCCCACAAAUUAAAGAGGAACAAGAGGAACUGUGGAGCAGUAGAGAGGGAGAGCAGCUUCAAGGACUGGAUGAGGCUGAUACCACCAUGUUGCCCUUCACUGCUGUCGAUGUGAAGAGUGAAGAUGAUGAAGAGAAACCUCAGUCCUCACAGCUUCACCAGAGACAAACUGAACAGAUGGAAACAGGAGCUGAUGGAGAGGACUGUGGAGGAGCUGAACCAGAUCCGAGGUAUUUGGAUCCAGACAGACAUUUACGCCCAGACACUGAGGUCAAGACUGAAGUCUCUUGUGAACCAGAAACGGAUGUCAGUAAUGAUUGGAAGGAGACAAGAGAACAUCAGUCAGGUUUAACAUUUGUGGAAAACACAACAAAUCAAAGACCGAAGACUGAUAAGAAAUCACAUAGCUGCUCUGUGUGUGGUAAAAUAUUCCACUAUAAACAGCAUCUGACAGAUCAUAUUAGAAUUCACACAGGAGAGAAACCCUUCAGAUGCUCUGUUUGCAGUGAAAGAUUUAACCGGAAGUUUAAUCUGACACGCCACACAAAAAUUCAUAGAGGGGAAAAAAAAUCUUGCUGCCCUGUGUGCGGUAAAAGUUUUAAGGUGAAAGGAUAUGUGAACCAACACAUGAGAAUUCACAGAGGAGAGAAACCUUACAGCUGCUCUGUUUGUGACGAAAGAUUCUUUUGGCGAAAUCAGUUAAUAAGACACAAGUGUGUUGAAGGCAAUGUUUCAGAGCCUCACCAAAACCAAACUGAGGAGAAAAGGGAUACCGAAACAGGAGCUGAUAGAGAGGACUUUGGAGGAGCAGAACCAGAUAGGAACUCACAUCCAGAGAGACCUUUACAACCAGAGACUCAGGUCAAGACUAAAGACUCUUCUGAACGAAAAACGGAUGUCAGUAAUGAAUGGAAAGAGACCAGAGAACAUCAGUCAGGUUUAACAUUUGUGGAAAACACAACAAAUAAGGGACCAAAGACUGAAAAGAAAUCCCAUAGCUGCUCUGUGUGUGGUAAAACAUUCCACUAUAAACAGCAUCUGACAGAUCACAUUAGAAUUCACACAGGAGAGAAACCCUUCAGAUGCUCUGUUUGCAGUAAAAGCUUUAACCGAAAGUUUAAUCUGACGCGUCACAUGACAAUUCACAGAGGUGGAAAAAAGUCUUGCUGCCCUGUGUGCGGUAAAAGUUUUAAGGAGAAUGGAUAUGUGAAACAGCACAUGAGAAUUCACAGAGGAGAGAAACCAUUCAGCUGCUCUGUUUGUAACCAAAGAUUCUUUUGGCGAAAUCAAUUAAAAAGACACAAGUGUGUUGAAGGCAAUGUUUCAGAGCCUCACCAAACUGAGGAGAAAAGAAAGACUAAAACAGGCGCUGAUGUAGGGGAAUGCGGAGGAGUUGAUUGGAAGGAGACCAGAGAACAUCAGUCAGGUUUGAAGACAGUAGGAAACACUCAAAAUAAGAGCCUGGAUAUUAAUAAAAAAUCCCAUAGCUGCUCUGAGUGUCACAAAACAUUCAAAAAAAGACACGAUUUGACCAGACACAUGAGAGUUCACACCGGAGAGAAACCAUUCAGCUGCUCUAAGUGUGAUAAAUCAUUUAAAACUAAACCAGAUCUUAGCAGACACGUGAGAAUUCACAAAGGGGAGGAACCCUUCAGCUGCUCCAUUUGUGGCAAAGGAUUUAACCAAGCAGUGCAUCUGACCUCACACAUGUUGGUUCACAGGGGAAAAAAACCCAUCAGCUAUGUUACCAGUAAGAAAUUUAACAAAAAGUAUAAUCUGACCGGUCACAUGACAAUUCAAGGAGGUAUUAAAAACUGUAGCUGUCCUGAUUGUGGUGGAAUUUGUAAUGAGAAAGAAUGUUUGUCAAAACACAUGAGUCUACACAGAGGGGAGAAACCGUACAGUUACUCUGUUCGUGACCAUAGAUCUUUUAGACUUGAUCAGUUAAAAAAACACAAGUCUGUUGGAGGUCAUGCUUCAGUGCCUCCUCAAAACCAAACUGAGGAGAAAAGAGAGAAAGAAACAGGAGCUGAUGGAGAGGACUGUGGAGGAGCAGAAUACGCCAGAUACUCAGAUCCAGAGAGACAUUUACAACCAGAGAUGGAGGUGAAGACUGAAGACGCUUCUGAAGCUGAGACUGAUAACAGUGAUGAUUGGAAGGACACCAGAGAACAUCAGUCAGGUUUGAAGACAGUAGGAAACAUUCAAAAUAAGAGACUGAAUGUUGAUAAAAAAUCCCAUAGCUGUUCUGGGUGUCAUAAAACAUUCAAAAAAAGAUACGAUCUAAACAGACACAUGAGAGUUCACACCGGAGAGAAACCAUUCAGCUGCUCCGUGUGUGGUAAAUCAUUUAAAACUAAACCAGAUGUUGGCAGACACAUGAGAAUUCACACUGGAGAGAAACCCUUCAGCUGCUCUGUUUGUGAUGAAAGAUUUAACCGGAAAUAUAUUCUGAUAAAACAUGAGUUGGUUCACACAUGAGAGACACCUUAGAGUGUGGUAAGUCAUUUCACCAAGUAGUGCAUCUCAGCUCUCACAUGUUAGUUCACACCGGAGAGAACCCAUCAGCUGCUCUGAACGUGGAAAAAGAUUUACCACCAAAUUUUAUCUACCACGUCACAGAGGGAGCAGACCCUUUAUGUGCUCUAUUUGUGACCGAAGAUUCUCUUUGUACAACCAGUUUAAAAACACACAAGUGUGUUGGAGGUCAGGCUUCAGAGCUUCAUCAAAACCAAACUGAGGAGAAACGAGAGGCAGAAACAGGAAUUGAUGGAGAGGACUGUUGAGGAGCAGAAUCAGCCAGGAACUCAGAUCCAGAGAGACCUUUACGACAAAAAACUAAGACUCUUUGAAAGCAGAUAGUAAGGACAUUGUUGGUUGAUCGGAGGCCAGAGAAUAUCAGUUUAAACUCUGUGGAAAGCACAUCAAAUAAGGGACCAAAGACAAAACACGUUAGAAUUCACGCAGGAGAGAGACCCUUCAGAUGCUCUGUUUGCAUUAAGAGAUUUAACAAGAAGUCUUAUCUGACACAUCACAUGACACAGAGAGAUUGUGGUAGACGUUUGUAGCGUGUAUGAUUCAGAAAUUAGAAAAUUUCUGUGAUUGAACGAAUGGAUAAGCAUCAGUUGAAGACCAAAUCCCCAAAACCCUUUUUAAAAGAUAGUUGCCCAAAUUGAACCUUUGAACCUUUUAAAGAGCUUUCCUUCUCUUCCCCCAUGCCAGGAUUGACUUCAGUCUUAAGUGUGACACAAUGACACAUCCAGCCCAGAACAUUUUGGUUCUACAGCAUGCUAGCGUGAGAUCCUUUGAGUUGAUAGGACACUAACUUCCCCUGUUGGACUGACCACAGGGAAGUAAAGCCAAGUUAUUUAAGACCCUGUAGAGACUGGUUCCAUCUCAUAACAGUUUGAAAGACAUAUAAAUUACACUCACCCAACUCAGACACCGGAGAUAUCAGCACCUCCAACAACAAAAAACCCUGGCAUCAUUCACAUUCCUUUAAAGACAGGGUAGGUACAUUUUGAAAACUAGCAUGAUUUAAAAAGUAGCAUUCCCUCAGUGCUCAGUCUACAACCACCCCCUCCCCUCUGUACUCCCUUAAAAGCCACGCCCCUCACUUACAUGUAAGAGCUCAGUUACUCCAGAAGUGGACGUCAGCUCAUCACUUGCAUUGUGUCGAAACUACAUCGUCUCAUGUCUCAUUCAGCUGUAAGUAAACAAUAAACUUUAUCAUAACUCACAGUAUAAACUCUGUCAUCGUUGACGCGCUUUGAGUGUGGGCUAGUGCACGUAAGGGGUAAAGAACGAGCAGGGAGACGUGAUUGGCUCAUCAAAUUGGUACCUCUGUCUGCCACGAGGUAUCAAUUUAAAUCCUGCCACAGAUGAUGGAUUUUCUUCGUUCCUUUUUCAGAGCACAUGAGUUGUUAAUUUCUGAUAGGACUUAAAGACAAUUUCAAUCAAAAUCUUAAAAAGUGUUUCUGGAGAAAUGACCAACCAUGCCUUUAAGCCAGAUAGAGUUUUAAAGGAAGUCCAAAAGACACUUCAAGAUGUGCUGGUUCAAAUCAGCAUUUCCUGCAAAGAGACUGUAAAUGGUUAUUAAUAAUUAAUUCAACUUAAUUUGAAUUCUCCCGUUGAGAUGUGAUGCUGGGUAGAAACCACUCAGAGAUAC